AUGAACAACUAUUUAUAUUUAUUUAUACUUGCAGUUGUUCUUGUUGUUGUGAUUACUAGUACCACGCAUGUUGUUGUUGUUGAAUCAGCACCAGUAACAUGUCAAAGAGAUUCAUUACUCACAGGACAACAGAAUCAAGAUGUAGAUUGGUGGUUAAUCAUCAAGUUGUCAAUGGGUGAUUUAUACCUCUACUAUGAUUCUGAUAUGAAAGAAGAACAAUUUUUGCAAGGUAAAUUCCUAAGAUCAAGGUAUAGUGCAUUUGGACAAGCAUUAAAAACCAUUGAAGAUGAUGCAAAUGAUUAUAUUGGUUUUAAUGAUGAUUUUGGACACAGGGAUGCCGAGAAAACAAAUUCAUUUGGUUAUUAUAAUCAUGAAAAGGGUAUUAUUGCUUGGGAUGAUAAUCAAGGUAUUUACAUUCAACACUCGAUUCCAAAGUUUCCAAAUGGUGGUGGCUACUUUAAACAAAACAAGGUUGACAGAUUUUUCACGAUCGAUCCAAAACCAGACUAUCCAGAUGAUCAAGACAACUUGGAGUUUCUAAGGUUCGGUCUACUUGGAUGGCCAUGGGCCCAAGAUGGAGGUGGGUAUUAUUCAAUGCUUCCAUCUAAUAUAAUGGGUGAUCGUACGUGUUCCCAAACCGGGAAGGGUAUGUACCCAAAAAACCUUGCUGGGAUUGGUCAAAUGUUAAAGAAUUUUAAUUUACCUGGCAAUGCACCACACCCUCAACCACAAGAUACUGCCAAUAUAUUAAAAUCAGCUACCUAUGCUCAACAUAUAUUAUGUAUGUCUUUGGAUGCUCAAAAUUUUCACAAAAUAAUGGAUUUAUUUAAAAAUAUGAUGCCAAACAAGUGGAAAACAAUGCCUGAAAAAAUGUUGUUUGUAACAAAGACAGGUAUACAAGAAGAGUUUGUAUAUAAACCUGAAGAGUAUCUUACAAGAGACGGUGUAUAUACUUGGUCGAUGGAUCAUAGAGGUGAUGCUACAAAGAAGAUUUAUCUUAUGGGCAAAUACUUUGGACCCGAUAAGAAUCUUUGGAAUGACGGUUUGUUUUGGGCCGACAAGUCUUGUAAUCCACAAAGCAAAGAUCAAGCAACAAGGGAAGCCAAUCAACCAUGUAUUCCAACUUGGGUAGAAGGUGGUCUUUCUCCAUUAACAUUAUCCACACACUACUACUUGGGAGCCAAAUAUGAUCCGGAAAAAUUCAAAUUCCCAAAAUUCACAACUACAUUUAAACAUGGAACCAAGUCACAAUUAUUCGCUUGGGGUGCUGGUUAUGGAGAAGGAGCAGAUCAUAGCAAGAUUGCAUUUAUUGAAGAUCCAAAUCAUCCAAAUUACGAUUUAUGGAAUGUUUGUUUUAGUGGUUCAAAUUUAAAACAAACAAAGGGUUCAGUAUUGGUUUGUUUUAAAAAAGAUUCAUUGGUGAAAGCAUUUAUUAAUCUUCAAGAGGGGGCACAAGAAUCAAUUAAAAGUUGGAGUGAAGAGACAAAGGGGGCAGAUGGAAAACCAUGGACGAUCUAUCAAUCAUGGGAUCCAGAGGGGGACUUUGCCAAAUAUUAUAGGUAUCAUAGUCCCCAAUUGGCAUGUAAUGCUGUCAGAGGUGUCACGAAUCCUCAUUUAUUGACACCAGAAACAUUUUCAGAAGAAAAGUAUGAUAAGAUACUACAUUACACAACUAUUUUCGAACACUAUCUUUGGACAAGACAACCCAACCCUUCAAAAAACCCUAUUACAACGUUGGAGAAAUUCUAUGCUGUUCAUAAUUUGGAAAGACCUCAACCGGCAUUCACUGCUAUGAUGGGCAGAUCCCCUCCUACAAGGAAUCCAAAUAAAGAAUCUCCACUAAAGAAACAGAGAACAGGUCUCUCUCCAACAGAAGAGAAGAAAGAAGAGAAGAAAGAAGAGAAGAAAGAAGAGAAGAAAGUUGAACCAAAGGUAGACUCACUAAGACAACGCUAUAUGAAUCUUCCUAGAAACUUCAGACAAAACAAGCAACUCGAAUUAAAAGCAAAUGAAGCCAAUACAAAACGUUUUGUUUGUGCUGGUGGACAAGUCAUUAAUAUAGUUGGUCAAGCUACUCAUCAAGAAACUGUUGAUAGAUGUAAUAGUCAAAAUAACGGCGGUCAAUAA